AAGUAUCCGAAACACUCGUUAGUCGUCAAGUAGUCAAGUUGUGGACCGAUGCGUCGAUACACGGCACCAUUUUUGCCGAAAAAUUCAUUAGCAUGACAGAAGUAUCGUUAAAGAAAUUUUCAAGUACCUAUUUAUUAACUCCAGACGAAUAACCUCCUUUUCGCGAGGAAAGGAAAUCGAUGCAGAGGAAAGUUUAAUACGUGGCUCUCUGUGUAACCUAUACGUUCGCAUCGAACAAUAAGUUUAUACAGAUUCGGCAAAAAAGAAGCUGUAUGCAGUUCAUAAAUAUAUUAUGAGAGUGUCUCUAGUUUCUAAUCACUUUACGCUAAUCUUUACUCGGGCGUCAAAAUGCCUACGGUUAUAGCGUUGGACGUCUCUCUCUCAAUGAGGAGACCUGUAUUGACAGGUGGGACGAAUGACAAUUUGCAAAAUGAACCGUUGACACGGCAUCACUUAGCGGUGCAUGGGAUAAACUCUCUACUACACUACUUGCAAGUUAACUCGAAACUAGAAUUUGUGUCGCUGAUUGUAUUCUCGUCGUUAUACGAAAUAGUUUGCCCGUUCACGCGUGAUUAUGACAGCAUACGUGCAAAGUUGCAAACUAUCGAGGAGUGGGACAAGACGUGCAUCGAAGGAGCAUUGCACGGGGUUAACAAUGUAAUUAUGGCGGAAUGGGGUAACGCCACUGCUUGCCAAGUGAUAUUAAUUACGGAUGGUAAUCCUGGCAUAGGACAAAUGUCUUUAGGCAAUUCUUUGAGUUCUUUGAAUAUCGCACAAGACACAAAUCCCUUUCCAUUACCUUUUCCAUACCCAGGGAAAUUAAGUAUAGUUUGCAUCGGGUCGCAGCAGGACCCUAGUUUGCAGAUCGGUUUACCUCUCUAUCAACGUUUAGUUGAUCUAGCUGGUGGCGACAGUAUUGUACUAGUUCCUGACCUACCGCUUAGCAAAUACUCCGUCGCGGCUUGCUUCCAGAAGCUAGCUGAAGCGAAUUAUGUUUCCUUCCAAGGAUACCUAAAGUGUGGCCAUUUAGGCUCCCGCAUUUUAUUAUCGCCAGCUCCCAUGCCUUACACAAAGAAGACGGAUUUCGAGUUAACCCCGGGCUUGGCAAUAUCAAAAACCAUAGAAAUAUGUGGAUUUAUAUCUGUAGGAGAUGUUGGUAGCCCAAGUUCCAUUUCUAGGCACUUAGUAUUGCCAUUGGUAACAGAGAAAAAUUCAAGUAUGCAAGGCGUAUCAUUAGAAGAGGAUUCAGAUACUGAUGAAAACGGAGACGAGGGAAAAAUGCCGUCUUUUUGCGUAUUGCUUCACGGAGCACUAAAGGUGGAAAAUAUGGCAGCUCUUUGUAUGUUGAACAACGAAUGGUAUGGAUUUAUAUACUCUUGGGCGGAUACUAAGAAGAAAUCCAACUUAAUGCUAACGGUAUUAGAGCCAGGAUCUGACGUUGUACCGUGGUUAGGCAAUUUCAGCAAUUUAGGCCCAUUAGAUACAGUCAAAAGCUCUCCAGUUAGUUUUCCAGUUAGACCAGCUGAAAAGAGAAGCUAUACGCAAAAUGCUCCUUCAUGGAUUCGCCAAGUUGGCUUACAAUCUGAUAUUCAAAAAAUAUUGAGACAUGCGAGAAAAUUACCAGACAAGACACAGAACUUUUACAAGGAGGUAAACAGAUUACGGCGUGCAGCAGCGUCUAUAGGAUUCAUCGAGCUAUUAGAAGGAUUAGCGUGCAUCUUAGAGCGAGAAUGCACGUUGCUACCACCGAAUCUAAAUCCCGACUGUACGAUCCAAAUGGGGCACGUUGCAUCGAUGAUCAGAAAGCCAGAAUUUCACGAGCUUAGAUACAACAUUCCACCUGAACGGACGAAAUUUCAACCUGGAUCAUAAGUUGCGAUGCAGUAAUUGGAGUGUUAUUACAUUUGUAUCAAAGCUGGACAUUUAUACAGCAAAAAAUGAAACUUGUAUUUGCCAUAAUCAUAUGCCUUAUCCUAUAAGAAUAUCACAUUAUAUUAUUUAUAUUACACAUCUAUCUUAUAUUUUUAAAUUUUUUGCUUCUAGAUUUAAGAAAGUAUAUAGGCCUUGAACACAUAGAUUAUAAAAUUAUUGCUUAA